GGGCACCUCUCCAAAGCCCUUGCCAGCAAAUCGUUACGCAAAAUCAUACCAACGCGCGCGCGAGCCGCGCCCCCCCACCCCCACCCUACCCCAGAUACGCAUAUACACAAAUCAGAUAGACGCAGACGUUGGGGGUGUUGGGGGGAAGAAAGGCAGGGGGGAGGGAGGGGGGCUCGAUGGCAGGGAAAGGGGCGGCGUCACGAUCCAGAGAGGGAGGGGACGCUGUAGAGGAGGCAGACGGCGGGGACGAUAAAGGGGACAAACGAUUCUCUGACGGCAAGAAGAACGAGACUUCUCCUAAUAUCAGUCCGAGGGACUCGGGGGAGGGCCAUUCAUCAGGUUCUAAUGAGAAUUUCAAAGUGGUGAUCCGCGUACGUCCACCCAUCGAAAGAGAGCUUGAGAACAAGCAAUUCUUGAGUAUCAUCUCUGUUCAGGAGAAUAGGAUGAUUUCAGUUUCUGAGAAUGUUGCGCAGGGUACUAGUUCACAAGCUGGGGGGGGGGGAUCUGGGGGUGCAGAGGCUUCUUCUACUGUUUAUUCCACCCACACAUUCACUUUCGACCACGUGUACGAUCAAUCGUCUGCUCAAGUCACUGUGUACGAUACCUCCGCCAAAGCGGCGGUCUUGUCUUGCCUGAAAGGUUACAAUGCUACGAUUAUCGCGUAUGGUCAGACAGGAACAGGGAAGACGUACACGAUGGAGGGGCGGCCAACACCCGAGCACCGGGGAAUCAUCCCGAGAUCGAUUGAGGACAUCUUUAAUUACAUAGAGAACGACACGACGGCGCGCAGCAAGUACUUAGUGCGAGCGGCGUACCUGCAGAUAUACAACGAAGCCAUUUCGGAUUUGCUGAAGCCAGAGAGGACUAACAUGUCGAUACGGGAAGACAAGAAGAAGGGGGUGUAUGUGGACGGGUUGUCGGAAUGGGUGGUACGGUCGCCAGCGGAGGUGUACGGGUUGAUGGAGAGGGGGGCAAUGCAGAGGGCAACGGGGUCGACGAAGGCGAACGAGCUGUCGAGUAGAAGUCACGCCGUGUUCAUUAUAAUCGCCGAGAAUUCAACGACGCAUGACGUGGGGGGGAAGGAGGAGCUGCCGCCACCGCCAACGCCAGAGUCGGCGAAAGAGAGACUCAGGAGGGAGGCGCUAACGAGCGCGAGGCAGAGUUUUCGGGUAGGGAAGUUGAAUUUGGUGGACCUGGCAGGAUCAGAGCGUGUGCGAACGACGGGAGCGACCGGGAAGAGGCUUGAAGAGAGCAAGAAAAUAAAUCAGUCUCUCUCCUGCCUGGGGAAUGUCAUCUCAGCGCUGACAGAGACAAAGGGGAGACAGCAUAUUCCGUACAGGGAUUCCAAACUUACCAGACAGGUGGAGGAGCAGAAGAGAAGGGCCGAACAAGACAAACUUGCUGCAAUUACAGAGUUGGAGGAGAAGAGUAAGGAGUUCAUGAAUGAGAAACUGGAGAAGCAGCAGUUGGAGCAAAGGAUCACUAAUAUGCAAUCACAGCUGCUGAUUGGUGGUCACAAGAUUGAGGAUACCCCAGCCUUCAGAUCAUUGCUGCAGGCAGAGCACCGAAGGAUUAGGACAGAGUAUGAAACCCGACUGGCAGAGCUGGAAAGAGAGAGGCACAACGUGGAGGAGGAUAAGGCACAGGUGGAUCGAUACAAGCAACUUCUCCUGAAGCAGAGGGAUAUCAUGAUAGCGCUGACAGCACGUCUGAAUGAACGAGACGAACAAAUUCUGGUACUGCAAGAGGAGUUGGAGGCUUAUGACCAUCACCAACGAGCACUGGAGGAUCAGCUGGAUCAGAAGACGGCAGAACUGAUUCACCUCAGAAAGGCUGCGAUGGAGUACUACGCUAACACUCCGAACAAGACGAUGCAGAAACGCAACUCACAACUCAUUGAUGCACUAGGAGCAUGGGGUGUCUCCAUGGAGAAUGCAUUUCAGGCAGGGGCUCAGGUGAGGUACCGCAUCGAGGAGUAUGUAUGGAUGGCAGACACUCUGGUGAAUGCUUGUCUUGCCCUAUCAGUUGUGUCGUGGUCCCGUGUCGGGUCUGUCUUCUCAUGUCAGACGUAUGUGAGUACCGCACCGGUCGAGCCGGAGUCCCAAGUCGCGUUCACCACUUCUUGCAUGGGUGGUGAGGCCAAGCAAUGGGUGUUGGCCGAGGCCAAUGCGGCAGGUUUCGAAGAUAUCGGUGAGUGGGCAAAGACACUGACGCUGAAACAAUUCUUGGCGAAAACCAGGGACCGUUUCCUCGACAAGACGACGGCCGACAAGGCCUUUGACCAAUUGACGUCAAUUGGUCAAAAGCAUUGGACGUUAGUUGAGGCUUUGUCCCGAGAAGUUGAYCGAUUGUUGCAAGUUCCAGGAUUGAACCUGCAGGACAGCCAAGUGUUGUACAUCCAUUCCCGCGCGUUGCCUGAGCCCAUCCGGGGACACUUAGUCACUGAAGCGAAAUCCGGUAAGUACAACUACAGGCAAUUUCGUGACCUUGCCCUGCAGAGGGAACAGAUGACUUCUCAAGUCAAGAAUUCCUAUGCAGCGGUAGUUAAAUCUGGAGGAAGACAGUACAAUGGGAAACGAGUUCUCUGGCGACAGAAGUGCCAGGACCACACCCUUGUCGUCUUUGAUGACGACACAGUGGAAAAUGGCCAAACGAGGAGAAUGAUAACAACAGUGACUCCGGGAAGGGGGAAGUCACUGUUGUUGUGGCCAAUAAGGGAGGACCACCCAGGACAGGAGGGAAGAAACAAAGAGCGUUUCCAUGGCACCGUGGCAUUGCUGAUGGGAAGCCAUGGGUCGAAAUGGGUAUGACUAGAAAGACUUGGCAAGAGCGCAUGGACAAUG